AUUGAAUUAUUUUGAUUGAGAGCGUAACAUAGUAAAACAUCACUCUGUAUAUAUCAUUCUUAACUUCUUUGACACUGAAAUUGUCCCCAUAGAACUGUAUAGAUCAUUUAUGUUCUGAUACAAUAUCAGUUUCCAAGGAGAAUACAAGUGUCAAAGUAUUGCGUCAAAUAUUUUUUCUUGUGUCAAGGAAUUGUGUUGCGAUUUUUUUCAAUUCAAGUCAAACCAAGUAAAUACAAAUCAAAUAAAUAAUCCAGAUAAUUUCUACGACUGAAAAUCUAAGAAAAACCCUUUUCAUCUAAUAAUCACGCAUUAACUCUUUUGAAAACCAACUAAAAUCAUGGAAAAUCAAGGAAGAUCAAACAGAAACGACGCUUUUGAACCAUCGGCUUUGCAGAUCUCCGCAGAUGUGGAGAAAAAAAACCCCGAAGAAAAACAAGAUCCUACCGAGACUGAGUUGUGUCAACAGCUGACAGAUACAUUAUCUAUCAGCAGUGAACUAACUCAUACACUUACCCCAAUACCGAGUUUAACCGAUAGGACAAUAAGCAUUUCCAGGAAUACCAACAGUCUAACCAGAUUCAGCGAAGAUGAGGACACUGAGAACAUCGAUGGAAAUAAUGUUAAACUAACCAAUUGGACAACUAGAUCCUUCUGCACAUCGACUGAGGACAUGAUCUCUAGUGGAAUUUUCGAUAGUGACAUAGAGGCUUCUGGAAAUGAAGGAACCAUUGAAUCCCUACCAAGAGAAAGCAUUUCAACCAACGAGGAUAGCGCCUAUAAGUGGCACGAUAUUUCAGCAUCGGACAUAUGGGAUGAGGACGACGCAACAUUGGUCCCUUAUAAUAGAAAACCAAGGAUAAUUGUUGAAUCAUCGAGCGAAGAUGAGCCCAGAAAGCUGAGAAAGCCGCUAACAUUCUUCAAUAUCAGGAAAAGUGAAGCUUCCGACAAUUCUUACCCCCAUUCCAGCAACCGCACCUACUCCAAUCUUGAUGACUUUCAAGGUUCUUCGACUUUGACUAGUGAAGGUUUGUGUUCGAAUUAA